AUGCCGGCCAGUAUGCUCCUUCGACCCAGCAUGUGCAACGCAGCAUGUGAACCUCGGCAGCUUCAUGGUCACGUCAGUGCCUGCCUCACGUGGAUCCGCUUUCGCAGCCCCACAAGUCCUGAACGGUGGUCGAACACCUGGGCAUCUGGAAGCAGACAAGUGCUAUUUGGAUGA